UCAAGAAGCCUCCGCCAACCAUCAGCUCCCACCAAACACUUUCUCUGGAGCGCGGUUAUUCUUAGCUCAGCGGCGAUAGACUGUCCUUCCGGUCCUUCUCUUAUUUAUCCCAGUUUCUUGAAUAUUUAAUGGAAAAUGGCGAUCUGCGCACAGUCGUACGGUAUUUUCUGUCUCUUUGCGGUCCAAACCGUACUUAUCAUAUGCGUCUCCACGCCGACGGACGGGACCCACCUCUUCCCCCAGCACUACACAAUGAUUCACUGGGCAGGACGUAUCGAGAAGGAGCUGGAAAAGGUUCUGCAGCACGUCACUGGAACACAGCAGAUGAGAUCGAUUUAUAAUGAGAAGAAGAGCCAGUUUGAAAUCAAGAGGAACACCCCUAAGGACUUGGUGGAGCGAGUGGCACGGGACAUCUCCAAGCUCCUCAUCAGUAAGAGGAAAGCCCUGGAGAAACUGGCCAAGGAGGCGGAGCAGCUUCAGAUGGAGCACGUAUGGCAAGAUGGUGUGACGGAGAAUGCCAUUUCAUACUACGAUUCCAAAGCGGAUUCAGACUAUCAGACGGAGGAUGGCGAAGAGGAGAACCCCCUGGAGACCUCGACGUCUAUGGAGCUGGAGUUUGUGGAUGAUCCCAAUUUUAAAAACAAGGUCAACUACUCUUCGAGUGCGGUCCAGAUUCCUACAGACAUAUACAAAGGCUCUCCGGUCAUCCUCAACGAAUUAAACUGGACCCAGGCGCUGGAGAAGGUGUUCAUUGAGAACCGUCGGGACGACAGCUCUCUGCGCUGGCAGGUUUUCGGCAGUGCCACAGGAGUGACUCGAUACUACCCAGCCACUCCAUGGAAGGCGCCCAACAAGAUUGACCUGUAUGACGUCCGCAGAAGUCCUUGGUAUAUUCAGGGUGCAUCUUCUCCAAAGGACAUGGUCAUCAUUGUGGAUGUGAGUGGCAGUGUCAGCGGACUCACUCUGAAGCUGAUGAAAAUCGUAGUUGAUAUGCUGGACACUCUAUCAGACGACGACUAUGUGAACGUGGCUAGGUUCAAUGAGAAGGCUGAUGCAGUCGUUCCAUGCUUCAGGACUCUGGUCCAAGCCAAUGUUCGGAACAAGAAAAUCUUCAAGGAGUCUGUCAUGCAUAUGCAAGCCAAAGGAACCACAGAUUACAAGUCUGGCUUCACAUUUGCCUUUGAACAGCUUCUCAAUGAGAGCAGUGCCCCGAGGGCCAACUGCAAUAAGAUGAUAAUGAUGUUUACAGAUGGCGGGGAGGAUCGUGCACAGGACAUCUUUGAGAAGUACAACUGGCCCAACAAAACAGUUCGUGUUUUCACCUUCUCUGUUGGCCAGCAUAAUUACGAUGUUACUCCUUUGAAGUGGAUAGCUUGUGCCAAUAAAGGUUACUACUUUGAAAUUCCAUCCAUUGGAGCCAUCAGAAUCAACACCCAGGAGUACCUGGACGUCCUGGGCCGUCCCAUGGUGCUGGCGGGGAAUAAAGCAAAGCAGGUGCAAUGGACAAACGUCUACCAGGAUGUUCUGGGUUUGGGCCUAGUCAUCACUGGGACGAUGCCGGUCUUCAACCGCACUGUUGAUCCUUGGAGCUCUCAGAACCAGCUCAUCCUUGGAGUCAUGGGAGUGGAUAUUGCAAUCAAUGAAAUCAAAAGGAAGACGCCCACAUACAGACUCGGAGCUAACGGCUACACCUUUGCCAUCGAUCCCAAUGGCUACGUACUGCUGCAUCCCAACCUGCGACCUAAAAUCAGUAACUUCAGGGAGUCCGUCACUCUGGACUUCCUAGAUGCAGAGCUGGAGGACAGCAACAAGGAGGAGAUCCGUCGACAGAUGAUUGAUGGCAAACCCGGGCAAAAGAAAAUCAAGACGCUCAUUAAGUCAGUUGAUGAGAGGUACAUCGACGAGGCCAUGCGGACGUACACGUGGACGCCUGUGGAUGGUACAGAUUACAGUCUAGGGUUGGUUCUGCCCACAUAUAGUGAAAACCACAUCAAGGCCAACCUGAGUGACCAGAUCCUUCAGGUGCAGUAUUUUGAAUCACUGCUGCCAAACAGUUUUGAGUCUGAAGGACAUGUAUUCAUUGCUCCCAGGGAGUACUGCAAUGAUCUGGAACUGUCCAACAACAACACUGAGUUCCUGCUCAACUUCAUUGCUCUCCUGGAGAAGGUGACGCCGGACUCCAAACAAUGUGACAAUUUGCUCCUCCAUAACCUGAUUCUGGACACCGGCAUCAUCAGACAGCUGGUUGAGAAAGUGUGGAAGAAUAAAGACUUGAAUACAUAUGGCUUCCUGGCGGUGUUUGCUGCAUCAGAUGGAGGAGUUACAAGAGUGUUCCCCAACAAGGCUGCAGAAACCUGGGAGGAAGACCCUGAGCCAUUUAAUGCCAGCUAUUACCGGCGCAGUCUUGACAACAAGGGCUACAUUUUCCGAGCACCUUAUCGAACAGCGCGGGACGAGCUGUUGAACCCGGAGAACGACACCAUUGGGAUCCUGGUGAGCACGGCUGUGGAGAUCACAAUAGGAGGGAAGACCAUCAAACCUGCAGUGGUCGGAGUGAAGCUCGACCUUGAAGCCUGGACGGACAAGUUCAAGAUCCUUGCCAGCAACCAUACAGACAACCAUCAGGGCUCAAAUACGUGUGGACCAAACAGAGGCUGUGAAAUGGAUUGCGAGGCCAACAGUGAGGAUCUCCUGUGUUAUUUAAUAGAUGACGGUGGAUUCCUAAUCAUGUCUAAUCAGAAGGAGGAAUGGAACAAGGUGGGCAUGUUCUUUAGUGAUGUUGAUCCCUACUUGAUGUAUGCGCUCUACAACAACUCCUUCUACAACCGCAAGCAGUCAUAUGACUACCAGUCUGUGUGUGAACGGGUGCCCAACAGUGAAAAUGGGGCUGCACCCAGAGGAGUGUUUGUGCCCACAAUUGCAGAUUUUGUAAACGUUGCUUGGUGGACAUCAGCAGCGGCAUGGUCCUUGUUCCAACAGUUUAUUUAUGGACUGGCUUAUCACAGCUGGUUUGUCAGAGAUGAGGUGGAUGCAGAAGGAAUCGACUCAACUCGGGAGCGGAGUUGUGUAAUGAUCCAGACACAGUACUUCUUAAGUAAUCUCAGCAGCUCCUACAACAUACUGCAGGACUGUGGCAACUGCUCCAGGCUGAUUCAUGCCAAGAGGAUAAACAACACCAACUUGCUGUUUGUGGUCGCAGAGAAGAUGCCAUGCAACACCUGCGAGAUAGAGAAGCUGUCCCAGGAGGAGGAGGAGUUCAAGGAGGAAAAUCCAUGUGAAGAAUUGACUGUGGCGCGCUAUCGAAAAGGACCCGCCACCUGCUUUGACAAUAACCUCGCUGAGAACUCAUCAGACUGUGGGCGGGGCCACUCUUUCCGUCCGUCCCUCUACACCUUACUGCUCAUCCAGCUGCUCCUGCUCUAUCCGGCCAUCAGCCCCCACUUUCACUCUCUACUACAUUAAUUCCAUUUUCCUCCACCUAUCUUCUUUUAGCCUUCCUGACCCAAAUCCCUCCAACCCCACCUCCAUGCUCCUAUCCCCUGCCCCCCCUUAUAUAGUCAUAGGUAAUAAAGGGACUUCCCUUCACAGCAAGUUGGAAGCCCUGAGUGCCGCGCUACCCAGCUCGCUUCAGUCCUUUUUGCUUAGUGACAACUGCCGGACGUUUGUGUACUCAGCCAGUUAACCUUCAUCUGCAGGAGGAGUGGGUGGUGCUGCACCACCUGGAUCCUCAGAGGCAAUGUCAGAAAACAGAAAAUAUCACCCCCUUUAUCGAGAGAAGGGAGGGUAAAAAGGACAGGCCGUGUCCUCAUCUCAGACCCUCCCGCCUCACACAGACUGAGGAGUUGAGGUCCUCUUCGCCUCUGUCCGUCAGGCAGACGGUGGGACUUCUUCUUCUCCUCCAUCUCAGAGUCUUGCUGCUCUGUCAACUGCCUCUCGUAGGCUGUGGACCAUCAGCCAGUUAUAGCCGCCACCAUAAAAGAAAAAACAUUUUAAAAAAAGAAACUGUCAAGUAUACAAAAUGUCAAGUAUAAACCGCUGAAGUGAUGAGUAUUCCAAGCAUUCAGUGUAUUUAGGUUUUCAUUUGAAAAGGAAGUCGUUAAGGUGUUUAUUUCAAAAGACAUGAAUUAAUUUAUGCACUAUAUCAACUUGCCAAAAUGAGAUAGACUUUCAUGUGGUCUUAUUUUUUUAUAGCCAAAACAAGAGGAGGAAAUGGUUUCCAAUUCUAGAUUAAUGAUUAACUAUGGAGAGAAACACUGAAUGCUGAUUCAUUUUGUGCAGCGUCUAAUUACAGAUUAAUUCUCGUCGAAGACGUCCACUGGGGAUUAUUGUAAUUACAUGAUGGUAAUCACAUUUCUUAAAGUAUUUUUCCUCAUAUUUACUAUUUGAGGCUAGUGCUAUCUGGCUUAUUAUAACACUAGUGACAGCUGUGAAAUAUGAAUCAGUGUUUGCUCACUUCAGUGUCGUGUAUUAUUCUCCUUUACGAUCAAUCGACCAUUCUGACCUCUGCUUUUGGACGGAUGUUUAAAAAAAAAGAAAUCCCUGUGCUCUAAGAAGCAAAAGCUCACCUCUGCCAAUAUUCAUGAGGAUUCUCCAGUAACCUCUACUAACUCUCCUCAUCACAAUUAUAUAUGUGCUUUCCUUCUGGUCACACUGAAAUCUCUGCCUCAUGACUGUCUCAUAUAGUCCUGGUUAGGGUUUUCUUUUUACCUUCAACUGAUGCUGUUCAAACAUCAAAACCAUUCGCUGCUGGGGGAUAGGGGCUUAUCAACAUUUCCAACAAAAGUGCAGAAAAAGGCAACUAAAUAUGGUGAUCACGUACAGUAGUAGUGUGGUUGUAAUCCGUGGCAGUAAAUCAUUUGAUCAUUACGAUGUUUAGGAGCCGCUCUGUUUCAUAGUGCCUUGAUGCACUUUGUUUUUGGACCACAUGGGCUGUAUACGAGUAGAGCUACUGUAUAGUACCUUUAUAGAGCAGCCAUGUUUGAGGCUUUGGAUGUGAGGCUGAAUCUGUUGGCUAUAGAUAUAGCUUUACAUAGAGCCGUCAGACUGGCUCUAGCUCAAUGUAUUUUCCAUCUCGGCCAGCUGACUGCCAUCAUAUGGAGUUACUAUACCGUUCCUUUACCAAGCCGUGUUUAGAGCUAUGAUCGAUAUCAGUAUACAGCGACUUUACUGGCCAUAGAGCGUUUUUAGGGCCAACUGACUGCUAUCGUUCUGCCUGUGUGUGUGUGUGUGUGUGUGUGUGUGUGUGUGUGUGUGUGUGUGUGUGUGUGUGUGUGUGUGUGUGUGUGUGUGUGUGUGUGUGUGUUUCUUUUCAUUUAAACCCUCAAAGGAAAUGUCAAUAAAAAUGAGUUGUGUAUGAAGGAUGACAGUUGUGGCAGCAUAGCUGGGUUUUUUUUUUCCUGGCCCUGUGUAUCAACAGAAAUCCAAUGUUGUGGAAGGGAGAAAAAAAAAAGGAUUUUACUAAAACUAAAAUAAUUAAUCUUUAACCAUUAUUCUGCCUAAAUGUUAAUCUGAGGGAGCCGAGGUGUCCGAAAGAAUGUGUACCGUAGUUCAUCAGUGUUUUCUGCUUCAAAUGCAACAUAGCUAAUAAAGCCUCUCAAAAUGCCUUAGUGUUACACAGUACAGAGCUCUGAUACGUUUCCCUCCCUCAUGUACACUCACUCAAAAAGGUCCUCCAAAAUAUUCACUCCCCCGGGUUUUCUUGGUGUUCUGCAGUAAGUAUAGUGAGCUCUUAUUUUGUAUUUUCGCGUCUUGGAUGAUUCGUUCUUGAUUGAUGCCUGUUUUUUUUAUUAAAUGCUUGAAAGCCAGGUGGGAGUUUUCCAUUUCAAAAGCCUCUGACCUUCGAUGUUCACACCCACCCAGACCUCACUGUUUUGCUCAGGUGGGACGAUUCACGUGACUAUUUGAACUUAACCACACACUCUGUACAGUUGUUGGUACUAUUUGAUGUGACAAACAUGUUGGCAGAGAAACUGCAACGCGGCUCCAAAACUGAAUCUAAAAAAACAAAACAAGAGACUGUUAAAAAUUAUUGUAUUUUCAAUUUGGAAGUGUUGAUAACUGGAUGCAGUUUUACUUUUCUGACAUUUGUUUGUCUCUGUCCUGUGCCAUUGAAUCCUGUCUGUAUUUCCACUGUCUGUAAACGAGCGCUACACGUGCCUGUGGAAAUGUACCCCCUGCAACUUCCUCUCUUUAACUGGCCCUGUACGCUUACAGUCCUCACACAUAAACUGAAUAUGUAGGCCUACAGUUUUUUCGCUCCUGCACCAAGACAUUAUGCACAACACACCUAUGAGCAAACAUGUAAUGAUGACACUUAUUCAUGCCCGGCUGGGAGAUGUCAAGCACCAGGCAGAAGUAAGCCAAGGACGUCACUUCCCAGGUGUGUUUUUUUGAGAGCGGGUGAAAUGUCAGAGGCAAGCUCAGGGAGUGGGUCUCCACAGAGCAGCCGUCGGACUGAAGGUCAGGGAGGAAUCAUGUAGUGAUGUCUGUGUGUGCAUCCCAAUGGAGGGAAGCGUCUUCUGAAGAAACUCGCGACUGAUUUCUGUGGUUUGACAAAUUUACUUUUGCCAAAAUAAAAAUAUAAAAUUGGACCAGCUUGGGGAUGAUGAAAGGGAGGGGGUCUGCUUUAGGACUCAACCCUAAAAUUAGUAGGGGAAUGGUUUUCAUAAAGCCUCUUGCCCCCUCCCCGACCCCCGCUGCAUCUGUGUUGGUGCGUCUCUGUGGGAAAGACACAGUGUGUAUGUUAUUCUGUAGUCUGUAGUCUGGUGCUAUGUGACCAUGUUUGACAAGUGUGUAAAAAAAUAACAGCUACAUUUAGAGUAAAAAAAAAAGUAAAUCAGUCAAAUUUUAAGUGAAGUUUAAAAAAAUAUAGGAAUACAGCACUGUUGAUAAGUUUGAGAUCUGAAGUCAAAAAUGUAUUGAAUUAUUAUUUCUUUAUUUUUCUUGUACGUGUGUGAGUGUGAAUGUUGGUGUGUGUGGAUGAUUUAGCUCCUUCUUUUGUGGGCACCGGUCCAUGUCGCUCCAUUCUUUUGUACAGAUGAAGCUUAAAAAAAAAGAAAAAAAGAAGAGGGCAAAAUUUGUAAAAUAUUGUGUCUGUGACUCCUUGUAAAAUAUUUUCAAAUUGUUUAUUACAGAGAAUCAGUUAUUAAAUAAUGUUCAUAUUUUUCACUUCA